AUCUCGCGAUAACUGACCGAAAAACAGUAGAGAUCUCGUACAAGCCAAAGAGGAAUGACAUAUUGUCAACAGUCUACACAGAAGUAGCGUUACAGGUAACAGUACAAAAGGAUGCCACUGUGUGACACUGAGUAGCCACUUGCCCCAGUGCCUCUCCUGCUUUCUGACCUCAUGACAACUCCACCACUUGGCCAGUUUCCUGCACAGCAGGCACAAGCAGCCCGGGAUGUAAACACAGCCUCACUAUGUCGCAUUGGACAGGAAACGGUGCAAGACAUAGUUUUAAGAACGAUGGAGAUUUUUCAGCUGCUUAGAAACAUGCAGUUACCGAAUGGGGUCACAUAUCAUCCGAACACUCAUCAAGACCGGCUGGGGAAGCUGCAGGAGCACCUGCGCAUGCUGUCUGUCCUCUUCCGCAAACUGCGCCUCGUCUAUGACAAAUGCAACGAGAACUGUGCCGGUCUGGAGCCCAUUCCUCCUGAGAAAACGAUUGGGACCUCGUUGAGUCAUUCUUCUCUGUCAAGCAACAACUCACCCCCUGCCCUGUACCACAACACAACUCUUAUCAUCAUGAACACUCUUGGAGGGUCAGCACUGUGGUCUGUUGUGUUACAUCGCUGUCUAUUUGAUCAUAUCAUCUCCUGGUGUUUUCUGUAUUCUCCCUGCGUCUCUAUGGGGUUCUUCUUGGGUUCUCUGCUUUCCUUCCUGAAACCGGUAUGUGGACUGGUUUUGCUAAAGUGGCCCCUGUGUGUGAACGAGUGUGUUCUUGUUGCCAUGCAGUGGACUGGUCUGUAUUCCACUAGAGUGUAUUCCUGCCUCAUGUCUAGUCUUCCUGGGAUAUAAUCUAGGAUAAAGUGAUCAGUGGGGAUUUGCUUCGUUCACCAAUUUUUUGUUGUAUGACCAGCAGUAAAGCUAAAAGUCUUUGGUUUUAAUCAAAUAUAUUAAAUCAUGGUUAAAUAUAUUUAGUGCAACAGGUUAAACAUUAACAAAGUAGAAAGUGACGUAAAACGUUCAGGUGUAAUGUACUGCGUCUCGCAGUAGAGCAGCGCAGCAACAAGCACUAAUGGUUCAUUAAUAACACACAACAUGCUGUGAAGUUCUAUGAAGAUGAUUCACAUUUGCACAUGGACAUAAGGGGGUAAGGGACGUGUGAUGUGGUGUGUCAUGAGUUUAUCAGACAGCACGUUAAAUCAGUUUAUUAUUAGUCUUAGUUUAUGUGGCACGUCUGCUAUAAAAGUGUCUGUGGAGGAGCUGUUACUAUAGAAACAAUAACGUAUUAGAACGAGCAUAUAUUUACAUUAUUAAUAUGAACCGAUCAUUCAUGUUGCAGCCAGAGCUCCUGUCUGAUAAACCAACAUAACGCACACCAUCUGUGUAUUCGGAUGAAAGAAUCCGAUCGUUGCUAGAUGUAGGAAAAUGAAAUUGAAUACAAUCGAUUCGAUUUCUUAUGUGAGUUCAUGGAUCUUUAAGGGUUUUUCGUGGUUGAUCUUAAGGCUUACUUGAAAAUUGCUGACUGAGACGUGUGUGUAUAUAUACGACUGAAGGACAAGCUGAUCUAAAAUUGAUAUGGAUGGACAACUUCAGGACAUCUUUCAUACUCUGCAUGAUAUCAGUGAUUCUGCAGUGUUGGGACAGCAGCUUGUUUGGUUCCGUGCACCAGCAGGUGUCAGUGUGAUUUAAGCUGAGGUGACCGAAUGCAGCGACACACACCGAUAAUUUGUCAAGGUUGUUUCAGGAUGGAAGUGUUUACAAAAAAAAGAAUGAAUUAUUAGAAGUGAUGUGGAACUGAUUGAAACGAGCAGUCUGGAUGGAGCAGAGUAAUAAGGGAGAUGAAGCACAAUGGACAUGCUGCGGCUCACUCCAAGGACUACAGUAAAGUAUCAGAGAAGAUGAAUUAUUUGAAGGUGCUGGGCCAAGCAAAUAUAAUCAAACCAGAACAUGGUGGCACACAGACCGUGUUCGCAGAAAUAACCCUGUUUUUUACUUUACUUUGUUAUGUAAUGGAAAAUGUCAAACAGUUUGAAAAUUCUUACCCAGUUCUUGCAGAAACAGCAAAAAUAAUGGAUCUGUGUUUUCUUUCAACAAUAGAAAAGCUGCCUCGUUGAUAGAGGCUUGAAAGUCGAAACUCACUGACAGCUUGACAAUUUAGCAGUAGAGCUGCUCAAAUCCAGGAAUGACAGUAUAAAUAUUUCAACCCGAAGUCGUUUCUGGUGAGACUAUAAAUCAUUAGUUUCAGAAAGUUGAUGUUUGUGGAACAUUUACUAUUUGGAAAGCACUUAUAAGUGCUAAUGGGAUCAUUACUUAGACAUUAAAGCAGUGGAAAUGGAAAGCAAUCAUUGGUCUGACGUCUACGUUCUUUCUUCCCUUCUCUCUUCUCUACCAUUUUAUUGUUCGCUACAUAACCGAAACCUUGAGUGUCGGCUUUAUGUUUAUAUCAAGCUUUGAGUUAUUACAAAUUACAGCAGUUAAUAUGGGCAACUAAAAUGAUAUAAUCAGGCUCUUUCAAGCUCUCUACUGUCUUACAGAAGGAAAGUGAUACAUAAGCAAUCAACAUCACAGUGGAAAUGUGAACAAGGUUUGGACAAAUCAAAUACAAGGUCUUAAAGGUGGACAAUAUGAAAAAAAUAUCAUAUAGUGGUAUCGGUAUCACAAUACUGCUCACAAACUGCCACUUAUACAGUAGUGCUGAAUAAACUGUUCAAUUAUUUAUUUAAUGUCUACAAAAUAAAAUGUAUGUUUUUUUAUGUUAAAGAGAAAAUAAUGAAAUAGGAGAAAAGGAGGUAAAACUACUAUUUUACAAUUUUAAAUAUUAAAAACAAAACAUUAGUGUAAUAUUAACUGUUUGCAAAUGAUAAAAAUACGAUAUCAAAAUUAAAAGAAAACAUGAUAAGAGCAUGUGAAUAUCUAAGAUAAGAUAACUGAUUGUAUGUUUUUUUUUGUUUUUUUUUGUUUUUUUUUACGUAAUUAGAUCGAAUUUGUUAUCAUCUUCCCUCUCGGAUAUCCGAAUCAGCGUUUUUUUUGUUAUGAUAUUGGCUCAAUAUAUUAGGACUGGUACAUUCUCUACAUACUGUACAACCUGUAGUUUUCCUAUAAAGCGUUCAAAAUAUUAGUGAUAGUGUGUCCAGUUUCUCAGUAUGUAUUCCUCAAAAUGUUCGUAUCAGCAUUCUGAGGUCUGACAUGUCUGUAGUUUACCUAAAAAGAAUUACAGUUGUGUCGGUUGGUAGAGACUUGCAUAUAUAAUCUUAUCUGUUUUGUCUUUAAGAGCUAUGCCUUGACAUUUAUUUUUGCCUCCG